AUGUCUGCAUCAAACCAAAUACCCGGGUCCAGGUUCGGUACCGGAAACAAUAGCCGGCCGUCGAGCAAGGAUGGCCCCAAGAAGAACAUCUGGUCUUCUAUGCUAGAUAGUGUCGCGAAUGGAAAGCGUCUACCUGAGAAGAAUCUGCUUAUCCUAGGAGGCACGCCUGAGAGUCAAAGAGAGUUUUUGGACACACUCGCCGCGGAUUCGUCGGAUCCCAGCUUGUCGAACGAAAAGCGAAAAGGGAGGGUUCCGCCGGUCGCCAACCAGUUCGCCUUGGGAUAUACAUAUCAGGAUGUGCUCGAUGCGGACCACGAAGAUACCCUGGCGCGCGUCUCCGCAUACUUACUCUCUGAGCCGUCUCUGUCGUUCGCCCCCCUUCUUAAACCUCUCCUGACCCCUCAGUCGAUUCCGGAAACUCUCGUCGUGAUCCUGCUGGACUGGUCAGACCCGUGGACAUGGAUUCGGCGACUCCGGGAAUGGGUGCGCCUUCUCCGACACGUGCUCAUAUCGCUCGACGACGAGACGAAGAUCGUUAUGGAAGAUAAUCUCACGGAGUGGAGGGAUCGGAAACGAGGCAUGGAUCCGAGUUCGGGGGCGCACAAGGGUUUACCAGCUCGGGCGGGCCUUGGGACGAGGGGCUCGGGAUCCCCAUGUGUGUGGUCUGCCAAGGGGUACGCGGACAAGAUUGAGAAGCUGGAGAAGGACCAUGGAUGGCACGAAGAGCAGUUCGACUUCAUCCUCCAGUUCAUGAGAACACUACUACUAAAGCACGGCGCGUCGUUGAUUUACACCACCCCCUUUCUUGCCAACUCCCUGCAGAGCCUAAUACACUCCUCACUUGGCAUACACUCCUUACUAAAAAGACAGUCGCUCAAACAUAACGUGAUUGAUCGGGACAAGAUCCUGGUCCCUUCAAAUUGGGAUUCUUGGGGCAAAAUCCGGAUUAUUCGCGAAGGCUUCGACAUGGAAGGUGUAUCGACAGCGUGGUCGAUCGAGAUCCAGGAUCCUCCCGAGCCACUCACCAACGGAGCCGACGACAGCAAGCCCGAAGACCCAAGCACGAACCCAAUGGACGAUGGAACGAGCGCCGUCACUAUCUUCGAGCAGACCAUCACAGACCCCAAGCGGGACACAUCGAUGGCACAUCCAGGGAGCCAGCGAAACGGCAACAAGGUCGAGGUGGACACAUCCGACAUGCAAAGUUUCCUGACCAAGCAACUCGAGGUCCUCGAGCAAUUGAAGGCGGACGACGAGAAAGACCGCGCCGCGAAGAAGGUCCCUCAGCUCGAGAUGUCCCCACUAGACGACAACGGCAGAGUCAACGAGCACAUUGGCCCGGUGCAGUUCAACAUGGGCGGAAUCCAAGUCGACGCCGACGACAUGCUCCGGAAGCUCAAAGAACGAGAAGCCAGUCGCGCCCAAAGAAAAGAAACCAUCACCACCUCCGCCGGCGACGAAAAAGCCCACAACCAAGCCCUGGCGAAUUUCUUCGCCGGUCUCGUCAAGAAACCCGGGGCCAGUCCCCGCGGCAGCCCAUCCGCAUGA